AUGGACAAAAGUUGGAUGAGUUUGGGUGAUAGACUUCUAUCACCUACUUAUGCUGAAGGGGUUAAUAGUUUCCUUACAAUGGCACGAACUCAUUCCAUGGGAAGUGAUCGCAUUCGGUGUCCGUGCCGUAUAUGCUGUAAUAACCUCUUCUUGCCUAUAUUUGAGGUGGAGUCGCACUUGUUCAUAAAAGGGAUAGAUCCAACUUACACUCAUUGGAUAUUUCAUGGGGAGGAGGAAACACUCCCCAUCGUUGACGAUGAUGUUGAUCCUGGAGUUGAAAGUGGAGACGUGUACAUUGAUGACAUGGACCGUAUGUUUAGUGACAUACGGGUAGCCACAUUCGGAGAUGCCCCUGAAGACAACACGACGUCACCAACUCACUCAGCAAUACCACAAUCCUCCCUAUCCACUACUUUCGACCAACUAUUAGAGGAUGCCCAACGUCCUCUUUUUUACGGUUGCACAAAAUUCUCAAAGCUCUCUUUCGUAGUGAAGUUGUUACAUAUUAAAACACUUGGUGGGUGGUCAAUCAAGUCUUUUGAUAUGCUUCUAAGCCUUUUGCGGUCAGCCUUUCCUAAUGCUGAAUUGCCACAAUCAUAUGAGGAGGCAAGGACAUUGGAGCGCGGUUUAGGUUUCACGUACCACAAAAUUCAUGCAUGCCCUAACGACUGUAUCUUAUUCUGGAAGGAAAAUGCUAAUCUUAAUGAGUGCCCUAUCUGUAAGGCUUCACGAUGGAUGCCAAAUACACAUGGCUCACGAGUGAUCCCUCAAAAAGUGCUUCGGCAUUUUCCUUUGAAGCCAAGAUUGCAGCGUCUGUUUGUGUCAAGCAAGAUAGCAGGUGAUAUGAGAUGA